AUGGCUCAACCUGAGAUCACACAAACGGCCGCCAACAACUUGAAGCCAAAGGCACAAUGGCAAGACUCAGAGGUGGAUAUCCUCCUUCAACAUUUCAUCCAGAAUCACGCAGUGAUUGGCAAUGGUGGGAACUUCUCAGGGCCUACCUUCAACAGCGCAGCUACUGCUAUCAAUUCCGAUGAGACAAUUCAAACAAUGGGCCCACCAAAGAUGGGCAAUAUGGUUAAGACCAAAUGGACCACACUCAAAAAAAUAUUCAAUCAAAUCGAGGCCUACUGCAAUGUAUCCGGCUUUCAUUGGGACAAUGUGCGGGGAGCUGGGAUUGAGGGCCCUGCUGCUGACAGCGUUUGA